UUCCCCCAUCGCCCCAUCGCCACAUCUCUCCCAUUCCAUACGCACAAGAUGGGAAAAGCUUCUUCUAUCUUUCUUCUAUUCUCUCUCUCUUCCUUGGUAGUAGCUCUAGCAGCACAAUGUGGGAGCCAAGCUGAUGGUGCACUAUGUCCUGGUGGUCUUUGUGUUGGUGAUAUUGGUUCUCUCAUCAGUCGAGAUCUCUUUAAUCAAAUCCUUAAACAUCGAAAUGAUGGAGCUUGUCCUGCUAAAGGGUUCUACACCUACGAUGCUUUCAUUGCUGCCGCAAAGUCCUUCGGCGGGUUCGCAACGACCGGCGAUGUCAACACCCGUAAGAGGGAGAUUGCUGCUUUCUUAGCUCAAACUUCCCACGAAACCACAGGGGGAUGGGCCAGUGCACCUGAUGGCCCAUACGCUUGGGGAUAUUGCCAGCUCAAGGAACAAGGCAAUCCUCCUGAUUAUUGUGUAGCUAGUGCUAAGUGGCCAUGUGCUGCCGGUAAAAAGUAUUAUGGGCGUGGACCCAUCCAGAUUUCUUACAACUACAAUUACGGUCAAGCAGGAAAAGCCAUAGGGGUGGACCUCAUCAACAACCCUGACCUUGUUGCAACUGACCCAACCGUUUCGUUCAAGACAGCAUUGUGGUUCUGGACGACACCCCAAUCUCCAAAACCAUCAUGCCAUGAUGUUAUCACCGGCCGAUGGUCGCCAAGCCAGGCCGAUAGGGCUGCCGGCCGUCUUCCUGGCUAUGGAACUGUUACCAAUAUCAUCAAUGGAGGACUUGAAUGUGGGAGAGGUUAUGAUGCCAGGGUAAAUGAUCGUAUAGGAUUUUACAAGAGAUAUUGUGACAUAUUGAGAGUUGGCUAUGGUGAUAACCUUGACUGCUACAAGCAAAAGUCUUUUAAUAGAAAGCUGACCAAGGUUCCUCUUCCAAUCUUGUGUUUGUUGCCAAUGUUUAAGGGAACUCUAGCAGAGCAAUGUGGGAGCCAAGCUGGUGGUGCACUAUGUCCUGGUGGUCUUUGUUGUAGCAAGUUUGGCUAUUGUGGUUCCACAUCUGACUAUUGUGGAAACGGCUGUCAAAGCCAAUGUUCCGGUGGCGGCGGUGGUGGCGGAGGUGGAGGUGGUGAUAUUGGUUCUCUCAUCAGCCGGGAUCUCUUUAAUCAAAUCCUUAAACAUCGAAAUGACGGAGCUUGUCCUGCUAAAGGGUUCUACACCUACGAUGCUUUCAUUGCUGCCGCAAAGGCUUUCGGCGGGUUCGCAACGACCGGCGAUGUUAACACCCAAAAGAGGGAGAUUGCUGCUUUCUUGGCUCAAACUUCCCAUGAAACCACAGGGGGAUGGGCCAGUGCACCUGAUGGCCCAUACGCUUGGGGAUAUUGCUAUCUCAAGGAACAAGGCAAUCCUCCAGAUUAUUGUGUAGCUAGUGCUCAGUGGCCGUGUGCUGCCGGUAAAAAGUAUUACGGGCGUGGACCCAUCCAGAUUUCUUACAACUACAACUACGGUCAAGCAGGAAAAGCCAUAGGGGUGGACCUCAUCAACAACCCUGACCUUGUUGCAACUGACCCAACCAUUUCGUUCAAGACAGCAUUGUGGUUCUGGACGACACCCCAAUCUCCAAAACCAUCAUGCCAUGAUGUUAUCACCGGCCGAUGGUCGCCAAGCAAUGCCGAUAGGGCCGCCGGCCGUCUUCCUGGCUAUGGAACUGUUACCAAUAUCAUCAAUGGAGGACUUGAAUGUGGGAGAGGUUAUGAUGCCAGGGUAAAUGAUCGUAUAGGAUUUUACAAGAGAUAUUGUGACAUAUUAGGAGUUGGCUAUGGUGAUAACCUUGACUGCUAUAACCAAAGGUCUUUUAAUGCUGCCGGUUAUUCUGCAGCUUGAUAUUUUUCCUAAAUAGGAUCAAGGCACUGAUCCUUCUGUAAGUGUGGUCCUUUGUUGGGCUUAAUAUAAUAAAGUUCUAUGGUUUUGAGUGUUA